AUGGGAGAAGCUCAGAAGGUUAGUGGAGCGAUUCAACCACAGGGCUUACUCUCCGUCAUUGAGAAAUUGAAGGGAACUAGCGAGCAGGAAGUUCGAAUAGUUCUUCUGGGCCUGGAUAAUGCAGGUAAAACCACCCUGCUCAAGAGCCUUGCCUCUGAGGAUGUUAACACCAUCACACCUACACAGGGCUUUAACAUAAAGAGUGUUGCUUCUCAUGGUAUGAAACUUAACGUGUGGGAUAUUGGAGGGCAAAGGAAGAUCAGAUCUUUCUGGAAAAAGUACCUGGAAAACACAGAUCUUUUGAUUUAUGUUAUUGACAGUGCGGACAAAAAGCGAUUUGAAGAAACCGGCCUGGAGUUGUCGGAGCUGAUAGACGAGGAGAAUCUGAAGGGCGUUCCGGUGCUCAUCUUUGCUAAUAAGCAAGAUCUGGCCACAGCUUCACCGGCCAGUGAGAUUGCUGAAGGGCUAAACCUUCAUACGUACAGGGACCGUGAGUGGCAGAUUCAGGCCUGCUCAGCUGUGUCUGGGGAAGGAGUUCAGGAUGGUAUGAACUGGAUUUGCAACAACAUCAUGAAUAAGAAAAAGUGA